GGGUAGAAGUCGAAAGAUGUGUGGCGUAGAUGAAAAUGCAACUUCCUGUUAAGAAAAGGCCUUAACGCAAAGCUGAAGGAGAGAGUGUCUCUGACACUAGAGACUCUGUCUGCGGACCCAAAAAAACAAGCUUGAAGUUUUAGACGCAACAGCAACUAGACCAAUUGAUUAGACAAAUAACAACACGACAUAUGGUGUCUUAGAAGAGGUGCUUGAACUCUUGGAUAUGGCGAGAUUUUUUGGACUAGGGUCCUUGCUUUUGUUCCUAUGCUUGGCUCCAUGUGUAUUGCAGGAAGGCAUUUCUGCCAAGUCUUCCACUCCUCCCACUCCAACAAAAUUGCCUGCAGCCACAGGCCCCUCACCCACAAGCACUUUUACACAGACCUCAAAUCCAACAGAUAUCAGUAAAGCCACAAGCCCCUCACCCACAAGCACUUUUACACAGACCUCAAAUCCAACAGAUAUCAGUAAAGCCACAGGCCCCUCACCCACAAGCACUUUUACACAGACCUCAAAUCCAACAGAUAUCAGUAAAGAUAACCACACAAUCAGCUUACUUGCAAGCACCCAACCACAACAACACAACAUACAAACAGAGAUUACAUAUGCAGAACCACCUUCACAAGUUACAGUGAAUGACUCCACCACGCUUACACACACCUCCAUCAAACCUCUCACCUCCACCCACAACAGCUCAUCUGUAUCUGCUCUCACCAGCGCAGAGAGUCAGUCUAAAAAGAUAAACCAGACUCCAGCAGAAAUCUCCCCUACACCCCCACUCAACACCUCACAUCAACAGAGCCCCGACACCACAGCAGCAGCCACAAACCCCUUACCCACACGCACUAUUACACAAAUCACCAAACCAACAGAUACAGGUGUGAGUAACCUCACCUCAGCUGCAAGCACCACCACACCUCUCACCUCCACCCAAUCCAGCUCAACCUCACCUGCACUCACCACAGAUAACUUAACAAGCCAAGUGAUGUGUCAAUACACCCUUCAGAAAAAUGAAACAAUCCCCCCGGUGGUGAAAAUCACUGGUUCCACUAACAGAACUUACACAGUCAUGCUAGUGGGUACACAGAAUGAGACUUUGCUUAAAAUAAAUGGAUCUUCCCCCUUCAAUAUACCAUUUAAACAGUUGAAGCCAUGCACUAAGUACACUGUCAGAGUAGACGGCUGCAGUUCCUCUGGAGACACCAUGUUUUUUUACAAUGUCAAAGAAAGUAAAACCCCUUCUGUCAGUGAGGUAUCUGGUGAAGAUAAAGUAUGUUUUAAGGAUGGUACAUGGAAUCUGUCGAAAUGUGAGGAUGUAACCCCUGAAAACUCUUGCAAAUGGAAGGCAAUUGUCUUUGAACUUGAACGUUGCAACUACACAAUGAAUGUCACCAUGCCCCCUGUCAAGCCUGUCAUAAAAUUUACUGAAGCCAUCCCCUCUCAAUUUAACUGGACUAAUAAACAGGAUAAAUGUGAUUACAAACUUGAAGUCAAGUGCAUCAAUGGCAAAAACACCAAUACUUAUGGUAUAAAUAAACCAGUGUCGUUAUUGCCUUUAAUACAUUAUGACUGCACCGGAGAAGUCUCUUACCAGAAUAAAUACAUCAAAAGUAAAAAUAUCUCAAUUAAAAUUGACUGCGAGUGGGGGAAAAACGCAGAGAUAAAUAGUGGCACGCACCAUAUUUGUAUGUCAUGGAAACCUCAUGUGUCCCCAAAUGACAAAUGCCCAGGGUUUAAAUUGCAAAAUUUUUCAGCCAAAUGCGAUGGAAAGAACACACCUGAAGGAACGAUUGAAACAUGCAACAUCACAGAUGAUGUAAAAUGUGCUUUUAAGAGCUUACAACCAUAUACCGAGUAUGAAUGUGAAAUGAAUGCUACUAUGUCCGGCAUGAAAUACACUAUUUCCAAAUUGCUUAAGAAAACAAUGCCUUACAAGCCCAACUUCACAUCAAAAAUUAAAGUAAAUUACCAUGGUCACAAUUCUUUUACCGCAAAAUGCGAUGGUCCUACAUAUUGGAAUGGGGAAGAGGGAACAUUCAAAGCUGAACUCAUAAACAACAGAAAACAUGAAAUAACCACCAAAUCUCAGAAGUGUAAUUUUGAUUUUUCAAAUCUUUACUACCUUACCACAUAUACGAUUAAGAUUACAGCCAUUAAUGGAAAUAAUUUAGAGGAACAUAUUUCCGAUGAAACUACUACUAGGUACAACGAUAAGGCCGUCAUUGGAUUCCUGGUUUUCCUAAUUAUUGUGACGUUAGUUGCUCUCCUGUUUGUGCUGUACAAAAUUGUCCUGCUCAAACGAAAACGGCAUAAAGAAGAGGAAAAUAUUCCUCUGAUGCAACCCCUUCUCAGUGUUGAGCCCAUCGGUGCAGACAGUUUAGUGGACACUUACAAGAAGAAGAUCGUUGAUGAAGGACGUCUGUUUCUGGCUGAAUUUCAGAGCAUCCCACGAAUUUUCAGCAAUUACACCAUCAAAGAGGCUAAGAAAACAGAAAACCAGUACAAGAACCGCUACGUUGACAUUCUGCCUUAUGACUAUAAUCGCGUUACACUCUCAACUGGAAGUGAAGGUGACUACAUAAAUGCCAGCUUUAUUGAGGGAUACAAAGAGCCAAAGAAAUACAUUGCAGCCCAAGGACCCAAGGAUGAGACCAUUGAUGAUUUCUGGAGAAUGAUCUGGGAGCAAAAGUCCUCCAUUAUCGUCAUGGUUACCCGUUGUGAGGAAGGAAAUAAGAGCAAGUGUGCUCAGUAUUGGCCAUCUUUGGACAGUGAGACUGAGAUUUUUGAAGAUUUUGUGGUGAAAAUCAGAUCAGAGGACCACUGCCCCGAUUACAUCAUUCGCCAUCUGGUCCUAACCAAUAAGAGAGAGAAAGCUACAGAAAGAGAAGUCAACCACAUUCAGUUCAUCAGUUGGCCUGACCACGGAGUACCUGGAGACCCCAGCCUGCUUCUGAAGCUUAGGAGAAGAGUCAACUCCUUCAAGAACUUCUUCAGUGGCCCAAUCGUGAUUCACUGCAGUGCAGGAGUUGGACGUACAGGAACGUAUAUUGGCAUUGAUGCCAUGAUUGAAAGUCUUGAGGCGGAGGGUAAAGUGGACAUCUAUGGAUAUGUAGCAAAACUACGUCGCCAGCGUUGCCUCAUGGUUCAAGUGGAGGCCCAGUACAUACUGAUCCACACUGCUCUGAUAGAGCACAACCAGUUUGGAGAGACAGAGAUCUCUCUAUCUGAGUUUCAUUCAGAACUCAACACCUUCAGACAGAAAGAUGGAAAUGACCCCAGCUUGCUUGAAAUGGAGUUCCAGAAACUCCCCAAGUUUAAAAACUGGAGAACAUUUAACACAGCAAUUAGCGAGGACAACAAGAAGAAAAACCGCUACUCAUCUGUUGUCCCAUAUGACUUCAACCGAGUCUUGUUCAGACUGGACAUGGAGUGCAACCAGACGAGCGAUCCUGAGGAUGAGGAUGAGUAUUCGUCAGAUGAGGAAGAAGAAGAAUCCAAUGAAUACAUCAACGCCUCAUUCCUUGAUGGUUACUGGUGUAAUAAGAGUCUCAUUGCAGCACAGGGGCCUCUACCAAACACAAUGGCAGAGUUCCUGCUUAUGCUUUAUCAACAACAAACUAAAACAUUAGUCAUGCUCACAGAUUGCACUGAAGAUUGCAAGGAUUAUUGCGCUCAGUAUUGGGCAGAUGAAAAGAAAGUGUUUGGGGAGAUGGAAAUCGAGGUGAAAAAGACAGAGAGUUUCCCAACUUAUGUCAGACGGCGCUUGGAAAUACAAUCCACAAAGAAGAAAGAAAUCCUUGAGGUGGAUCAGUAUCAGUUCUUGAAGUGGAGAAACAGUGAACUUCCAGAGAACCCUCAGGAGUUGAUAGAGAUGAUACGAAACAUUAAAGAGAACGGUGGCUACGACAACAGCAAAAUUAACCGGAAUAUCCCUGUUGUUGUGCACUGCAACAAUGGAUCAUCGCGUACUGGAAUCUUCUGUGCCUUAUGGAAUCUCAUGGACAGUGCAUCCACAGAAAAAUUGGUGGACGUGUUCCAGGAGGUCAAAAAUUUACGCAGGGAGAGGCAGGGAAUGAUUGAAACAAUUGAGCAGUAUCAGUUCCUCUAUACAGCUCUAGAGGGAGCCUUCCCUGUGCAGAACGGCGGCAUAAAGACACCGGCUUCAAACGACAAAGUUCAAAUCGUCAACGAAACCACAGCACUUCUUUCAGAAACUGCCAGCAAUACCUGUGUUGACCAGAAGGGGGCAGAAACCAGCCAAGCCAAAGAGAGUAGUGCGCAGGAAGCCACUGCUGCUGCUACAGAAAAUACCACUGCUUCAACUUCACCAGCAGAUAGAGCCAGUGAGAAUUGCAGCGUGUCUGAAAAAGCCUCCACAGAGGGUGCCAAAAAUGGGCCCUCUGUGACUGUAGACGUUUGAGCAUUGUGACGUGUUAUCAUGGGCAUCAUGCACCUUUAUUUUUGAGGGGGCACACCACACAUGUGUAUGAUGUGUUAGUCAAGUGGUGUAGUUUUCGUUAAGUGUGCUAGGUCAUCCCAGUUUGAAUCCCAACCUAAGACAUAAAAAUGUUCUGUUUUAAAAAACCAGGCAAAAGUACAACUGAAAUCGACAGACAGUUCUUUAUAUGAAAAAGUAUCAUACGAGUUUGUAGUAACAUGAUGUCUGGUCGAUAACAACAGACUUUUCAAUUAAAAAAGAUAUUUUUUUAAAUGUUGCUGAUUUGACACCAAGUGUCGUAAAGAAAGAUAUGAGAUACCAACUUGUCCAGUAAAUAUAUAGCUAUCAAGCUUAUCCAGAAAAGCACAUUUGAGUUCUUGUUUUACAUUUUAACUUAACUGUAUAUUUACGGUACGUUAGGCCAGUGUGAUUUUUGAGGGAGUUCAGGUAGGCUCAGUCGGUUGUGCUGAUUCAGUCUCAGGUUUUAGUUUUGAAUUUCUGUAUAAAGGUGCUGUUUUUUAUUAUUAUUCAUUUCACAUGUGUAAAGGGUUUACUGUGCUUUAGGACUUGAUUUUUUUAGGCUAUCAAAUUGCAUUUUUGAAUGUAUUGUAAAAUAAGACUUUACUAAAAAUAUUUUCUGUAUUUUUGUUUGAAACCUGUAUCAAAGUGCAGUCUUGUAUGUUGUUGAAUCUAAAUUACGGUGUCUAAUAUGCUGGAUGGAAAUGUUUGGCAGGAGUGAGUGCUUAUGACUUUGAGAACAAAACAGAAAAUAAGGGCAAAGAUAACUUUGCACUACAUCGCUGUCCUCAAACUAGCUUUCAUUUCACAAUUUCUUUCUGAACUUUCAAAGCAGAGUACAUUUUUUUCCCUUUUAAGCAGAUGUUCAGUGUAACUUAACAAAAAGAAUAAAGGAUAUCUUGAGUAAUAA